AUGGCAAUGAACCAAGUGCCGGCAACCUUCGAUCGGCCAGUGCAACUCCCGGGCGUGCUGGCCACCAUUCUGGUCGACGGAAAACGUACACCCGUGCGGACUUCCUUGAACCAUACGAACACCCAGAGGUAUUCCCACAGAAUAAACUCUCUGGUGACGAUGGUACGCAGAUUGGUGCAGGAAAUGUAACCAACGGAUGACCUUACCUAUAUAAGGCUGCGCACACAGAAGCAAGAGGAGAUGGUGGCCACCGAAAAUCAGCAUACGAUCAUCAUCAUAUAGGACAACAAGGAGCUGCAUGUGUCCCGUCGGAACAGUAUCACCCAGGCUCAAAGUUCGGCUAUGCCAACGCCUAAUAACUAG